AGUCAUUCGCCUCAUAGAUAAAGUUAGUGAUGACAUCAGCUGUUUAACCCCAGAAGAAAAAGAUUAGGGAGAAACACUGAUGACAGUUGACCUUUGCCCCCCUGCAGGAGCGAGUGCCCUGCUGUCUGCUGGAUCCUAAUCACAGGUCAAAGUCUGCUUCUGAGUGUGUUGUCACACGCUCACAACACUACUCUCGCCCUGUCGACAACACCACUGACAUUCUUGCCACCAUGCUGCUGCGGACUCUUCUCCUCCUCCUAUGUGUGUCGGCCGGCGUGUGCGCCACUCUGGGCCACUACCAGUCCACAGCCCAGGACAAGGAGGAACCUCCCGCGGUGGAUCCACGAGACACGGUUGCAGAAGACCCCCCACUGGGUGAAGAACACAAAGAGCCUGAGGCGGACCACACAGCAGCUGAGGGUGUUGGUGCUCCAGUUGCAAGCACACAGAGGCCACCUGAAGAUGUGGAGAUCCAUGCUGAAGGCCAGCAGCAACCUUCUGAGGAGGAAGAGAGCAAUGAGAUCAAGCAUGUCGAGACUAAACCGCCGGCGAACGUUUCCUCUCCGCGUGACGACAACAGCAGCUGGAGCAUCAACUCGAUCAGGAGCAGUUUCCAAACCGUGCACGGCUACUUCGACUCCCUGGUGGAGCUGGUGGGGGGACACAAUGGCGUGUGUCAGUACCGCUGCAGAUAUGGAGAACAUCCUCAGCCCCGCCCCGACUACAAGCACCAAGAACCCAAUGGCUGCAGCUCCUCUAUGGUGGGAUUUCAGCUCGACCUGGGUAUCCCCGCCAUGACCGAGUGCUGUAACCAUCUCGACGUGUGCUACGACAACUGUGGCGUUAACAAGUACGAAUGUGACACCAACUUUCGCUCUUGUCUUCACAACAUCUGCUCUGACCUGAAGAGAAGUCUUGGCUUUGUGUCCAAAGUGGAAGGGCCAAAUCCUGCUUGGAAAUGA